AUGGCUACAUCGACCGGACACGAGGUUAUCGUCGAGCUACUCCUAGCAAAGGGCGCCGAAUUUUAUGCGCGAGAUGAGGAUGGUAGAACACCACUAUCCUGGGCUGUAGAGGACGGAAACGUGGUAAUCGUUAAGCUACUUCUGAAAGUGGGCGCCGACUUUGAUCCGAGAGAUAAAUAUGGCCGAACGCCGCUAUUUAUAGCUACAUCGACCGGACACAAGGUUAUCGCCGAGUUACUCCUAGCAAAGGGCGCCCAUAUUGAUCCGAGAGAUAAAGAUGGCCAAACGCCGCUAUUUAUGGCUGCAGCGACUAGACACGAGAUUGUCGUUGAGCUACGUCUUAAAGAGGGCGCCGACUUUAAUACGAGAGAUAAGGAUGGCAGAACGCCGCUAUCCUGGGCUAUAGAGGACGGACAUAACGCUACUACCGAGUUACUUCUAGUAAAGAGCGCUGACUUUGAUCCGAGGGAUAAGGAUGGUAGAACGCCGCUAUCCUGGGCUAUAGAGGACGGGAACGUGGCAAUCGUUAAGCUACUUCUGAAAAUGGGCGCCGACUUUGAUCCGAGGGAUAAAUAUAGCCAAACGCCGCUAUUUAUAGCUGCAUCGACCGGACAUAAGGUUGCCGUCGAGCUACUCCUAGUAAAGGGAGCUGAUAUUGAUUCCAGAGAUAAAGAUGGCUAA